GGCUCGUGUUAUGUAUGAUUUUGCUGCUGAGCCUGGAAACAACGAGCUGACCGUCAGCGAAGGGGAGAUUAUCAUAAUUACCAACCCGGAUGUUGGUGGAGGCUGGUUAGAAGGAAAAAACAGCCAAGGCGAGAGAGGACUUGUUCCAACAGAUUACGUUGAGAUUAUAACUGAAGGUGCAAAAGAUGGAAUUAGCUGCGGUAACUCAUUAGCUGACCAAGCCUUUUUUGAUUCCCUUUCUUCAAAUACAGCUCAGACCAACUCUGCUGCAAAAAGCAGUAGUCAGGCAAAUAAUGCCAGUGAUCCUUGGUCCAGCUGGAACGUUGGGAAGUCUGGGAACUGGGAUAAUGGAAAUGCUGUUGACAGCUGGGCGACAAAACCUGAAAGUGCAGCUGGCCAGAGAAACAGUGCUUCAAAUAACUGGGAGACAGCAGCAGCAUUUGGUCAUCCACAGGCAUAUCAAGGACCAGCUGCUGAUGACGAUGAUUGGGAUGAUGACUGGGAGGACCCAAAAUCAACUUCACCGUCUUAUCUUGGUUACAAGGAGACUGAGGCAUCAGAGGCUGGGGGGAUCCAGCGUGGAAAUUCUCGUGCAGCUGCUAUGAAGUUACCACUUAACAAAUUUCCUGGAUUUGCAAAACCUGGGAUGGAACAGUAUCUGUUGGCAAAGCAGCUAGCAAAACCCAAAGAGAAAAUUCCCAUAAUUAUUGGUGAUUAUGGCCCAAUGUGGGUUUACCCUACCUCUACAUUUGACUGUGUGGUGGCAGAUCCCAAAAAAGGUUCUAAAAUGUAUGGUCUCAAGAGCUACAUUGAAUAUCAGCUGACCUGCACUAACACUAAUCGGUCUGUCAACCACAGAUACAAGCACUUCGACUGGUUGUAUGAGCGUCUCCUGGUUAAAUUUGGAUUAGCCAUUCCAAUCCCAUCUCUUCCAGACAAGCAAGUAACAGGACGCUUUGAAGAAGAAUUUAUCAAAAUGCGUAUGGAGAGACUGCAAGCUUGGAUGACGAGGAUGUGUCGCCAUCCUGUUGUCUCAGAAAGUGAAGUUUUCCAGCAAUUUCUCAAUUUCCGGGAUGAGAAGGAGUGGAAAACUGGAAAGCGGAAGGCAGAAAAAGAUGAAACUGUAGGAGUCAUGAUCUUUUCUACAAUGGAACCAGAAGCUCCUGACUUAGACAUGGUAGAAAUAGAACAGAAAUGUGAUGCAGUGGGUAGGUUCACCAAAGCAAUGGAUGAUGGAGUUAAAGAGCUGCUGACAGUGGGACAAGAGCACUGGAAGAGGUGUACAGGGCCACUACCCAAGGAAUACCAGAAGAUAGGAAAAGCGUUGCAGAGCCUGGCACUGGUCUUCAGCACUAGUGGAUACCAAGGAGAAUCUGAUCUCAAUGGAGCAAUAACAGAAGCAGGAAAAACCUAUGAAGAAAUCGCCAGUCUUGUAGCAGAUCAGCCGAAGAAAGAUCUUCACUUUUUGAUGGAAACAAAUCAUGAAUAUAAGGGAUUUCUUGGGUGCUUCCCUGACAUCAUAGGAGCUCAUAAGGGAGCAAUAGAAAGAGUGAAGGAAAGUGAUAAAUUAGUUGCAACCAGUAAAAUAACACCACAAGACAAACAGAACAUGGUGAAACGUGUCAGCACCAUGGCUUAUGCACUACAAGCUGAGAUGAAUCACUUCCACAGUAACCGGAUUUAUGACUACAACAGUGUCAUUCGUCUGUAUCUGGAGCAGCAGGCACAGUUUUAUGAAACGAUUGCACAGAAGCUGAGGCAGGCACUCAGCCGCUUUCCUGUGAUGUAGAGAAUAA